AGGGCUAUCCCCAAACUGUUCCCACAAAGAUGGGAGCAUGAAAUUGUCCAAAAUGUCUUUGGCUAUUGACUUUAGCUAUGCGUCUUCUGUGCACUGUGUGCUUCAGCAACCGUUGACCCUGCUCUGUAAUUUUACGUGGCCUACCACUUUGUGCCCGAGUUGCUGUUAUUCCCAGUUGCUUCCACUUUUUUAUAAUACCACUAACAGCUGACCGUGGAAUAUUUAGUAGCAAGGAAAUUUCACAGAUGGUCUUAUUGCACAUGUGGCAACACAUCACAGUACCACGCUUGAAUUCAGUGAGCUCCUGAGAGUGAACCAU